AUACAAAAGUAUAACAUUAAUAAUUCAAUUAUGUCCACGAUAGCUAAAUGGUGUACUCUUAGCUUCAUGACUUUGUGUCAGUCGACUGCAUUGGCACUCAUAGUUGCUCCUAUCAUGGAAUUACAUCAUUCUAACAGAGCUUUACCAUGCAAGGCUUAUUCGCCGUAUUCUAUUGAAGGAUUACAUGCUUAUUUGGCAACAUAUUUGAUUCAUGCUGCAUCUAUUAUUUAUGGUAUACUUCUCAACGUAUCCUUCGAUUCUCUUGUAUACGGUUUGACCCUUCAUGUUUGCGGACAAAUAGAUAUUCUCUGUGAACGUUGCAUGCAAACUGUUCGAGAAGGUAAUUCAAAUGAAAUAAAAGCAUGUGUUAGACAUCAAGUGUUUAUUCACGAUCUCGUAAAAAGAAUAGAAUAUUUGUUCAUUUGGACGGUAGCCUUUUUAUUAUUUUUCAGCUUGAUUACAUUUUGUACUACCAUCUUUCAAAUGUCAAAGAAAGAUCCUCUUACUAUGGAAUUUUUUUCCUAUGUUUUAUAUAUUGCCUGUAUGAUGUUCCAAAUAUUUUGUUAUUGUUGGUACGGCAAUGAACUUCGAUUAAAGGGCAAAGAAGUCGCUAAUGCUAUUUAUAAUAGCGAUUGGGUAAUGUCAACACAGAGUGAUCGUAAAAAUCUACAGUUCUUAAUGAGGAUUAGUCAGAAAGAAUUGACUUUAUCUUAUUAUCGAAUUUUUUCUCUUGAUCUCGACGUUUUCACAUGGGUGAGUAAUUACAAAUUACUUUUUACAACUAUAAAUAUUAUAAAAGUAAAAAGUUAA